UAACGGUCCAGGCUGCCUCUAGGUAGGAAGUGGCGUAGUGCUGAAAACUGGAAGGAGCCGGAAAAAGGCGGAUGUGAGCGCGUCUGCGUGUCGCGACACCGCGUGAUUGGUCUGUCGUGACAGAGGAGGUUGGUGGCGGUGUCUGGACGCCACAGACAGAACUGGUAUAAUGGCUCGUGGGCAGCAGAAGAUCCAGGCUCAGCAGAAGAAUGCCAAGAAGCAGGCUGAGAAGAAGAAACAUGGAAGUGACCAGAAAGCAGCAGCUAAAGCCGCCCUGGUCUUCACGUGUCCUGUGUGCAGAACACAGAUGCCAGACCCAAAAACCUUUAAGCAGCAUUUUGAAAGCAAACACCCUAAAUCUCCAAUGCCUCCAGAACUGGUAGACGUGGAGGCGUAACAGGAAAUGACGGUAUAUCCUCCUUUUUAAAUGGAGUGAGUUGAGCAUCUCUAAAAGACAUUUCUUCUAUAAAUCUGGAUGCACCUACCUAUUUUAUGUUAAGUCAGAGAUGAGUAACGACCGUAUCCGGACUUUACAGCCACUAAAUAUUCACAGUGUGGAUUUUAUAUCCUGUUAGAUAUGGGGUCAUAUGCCAGAUCACCAACAGGAGCAGUUCUAACCUUUUUGUUAAAACCAUUCCGUGGUUGGUACCCUUUUCCCACCAUGCAGAUGGACCAUUCAGUGAAAAAUCCACCGGUUAUAUAUUUCAUGCAGUGUCAUAAACACAGACAGAUUUUGAGUAAUUGAUGGAGUAUUCCAUUCACCUAUUAUGGCAGAGCAAUACUUUGUUCAGUUUUUUUGCAUUCCAGUGUAGACAUUGAUAAUUUAAUUUAAUAUUUUUUGACCUGAUAGUACAUCAUAUGUCCAAAUCUUUAUGAAAUAUCACUUGCUAUACUGUGCCAUUGCCAAACACUUGCACAUUUUCUUGAUCUCACCAGCCUACCUGAGGUGAAAGCCACUUGAUCCAACCUAUCCUGAUCAUUAUUAGUAGUAUUAUGUUGUGUUUUGUUUCUUUUUUUUUAGCCGAACAUUUGUUAUUCACAUUAUCAGGCCUGAGUUGUAAAAUAUAUUGCAGAGCUUGAUACUAGCUGUGUAAUAGUAACUCUGUAAGGCUGCUUUCACACUAUAAAAUUCAUCCGUUUUAAAGAUCCGUUUGAUGUUCCGUCAUGAAAACCCUGAAAAUCAGCCAUUAAACAUGCGUUAGAAAAUCCUAUUAUAGUCUAUGGGAUUUUUACAUUAUCCGUUUUAAUCCGUUAUAGUCAGUUAUUAAUAACGGACGUUAUUUUGUGAUGGAAGAUGGUAACGGGAGAAAUAGUGCAUGCACUAUUUCUUCCGUUCAUUCUCCCGUGACAAAAUAGCCUCAGUUAUUAAUAACGGACUAUAACGGAUUAAAACGGAUAAUGUAAAAAUCCCAUAAACUAGAAUGGGAUUUUCUAACGGACGUAUGGGAUUUUCUAACGGACGUUUAAUGGCCAAUUUUCAGGGUUUUCAUAACGGAACAUCAAACGGAUCUUUAAAACGGAUGAAUUUAAUAGUGUGAAAGCAGCCUAAGACAUGGGAUAAACCAGAUAUGCCCUUUUUACUUUAGUUAUUUAUCAGUAUCUCAUUUUAUUCCCAGUACUAAAUAUUCAGCUUCCAAUCCUUCCAAAUAUUAUGCAGUAAUAAAUGUGGGAUAUUGGCAUCCAUGCACCACUAAGUAACUUAUUUAUGGGGGUUUCCCUGUGGAGGAAGAUGUGAAGAGUUACAACAGCUGAAAUCGUGCCAAUUCGUCAUCACGUACAUGCCAAAACAUUUUCUCAACAUUCUAGCAGUUAACAUUUUAACUUGCUUUACAAUUUCCUCUGUAUAAUUAUGUUAAGAAAGUAUUUUGUGUAACAAUCUUUAAUAAAAAUUUAAUUUGGAA